AUGUGGCAACUAUCACUUUUAUUAUUAAUAUCUCCAAUUAUAGCUCAAAAUAAAGACAAUGAAAAAUUGAUAAGUUUCGACGCUUGCAAAUCCGACAUCCACAAAUAUUGUAGCGGAAAAGAUGUGGAUUUGAAUAGCGAUUUGUCGAUUCUCGAAUGCCUUCAAGACGCCGGAUUCUCGGAGACCAACACGCUUUCCGAGCAGUGCGAGAAGCUCGUUUGGGAUUUCAAAGUCAAACUAACUCAGGACGAUCGAUUCAAUGCCGCCGCCAAGCAAUAUUGCGAGGAGGAAUUGAAAUCGGUUCAAGGAAUGCAAUAUUGUACAACGCUCACACAACCGGGAUACUCGCUAAGUUGCUUGAUUGACUUCCUUCCAAACAUCACCCAAUCAUCAAAAUGCCAUUCCUUCUUAGGAAGAACAGAGCGUCUCGCAUUCUCUGACUUCCGCCUCGUCGGACCAUUCAUCACAAAGUGCCGAUCAGUCUUAGAUAGCUUCAAUUGUACCACAUUGACGCCGAACGCGGCUCAUAAGGGCGUUCGAGUGGCUCACACCCAAGGAAUGGCGCUUGAAUGCAUUCUCGACAGAGUUGUGAAGAACGCGAAGACGCAAGCCGAUGCUCUUGCGAUUCUUGGCGAUGAAUGUAAGCAUGAGGUGUUGAGAUUGGCUGAAAUGCAAGCCGACGACUUUCAUCUCGAUCGCCCGCUUUUCUUUGCGUGUAGGGCUGAUAGAGAGAGGUACUGUAAAGACGUUCCAUCGGGCCAGGGCAAGGUGUUCGAGUGUUUGAUGCUUUCAAGAAACGAUCAAUUCAUGGAUCCUCAGUGCUCGAAUAUGCUCGCCGAGCGCGCGUUCCUCAUGGGACGCGACUAUCGCAUGGCUCAUCCGUUGACGAAAGCGUGCCAGCCGGAGUUGGCGCGCUACAAAUGCGAGCCGCAGAGCCAACUCGAGGCCGCCGUCCACUUCCAUCUCUCAUGGAUCCUGUUGUGUCUUGAGAACGGCGCCAAUCAGCCGGAGCACAAAGAGGCGCCGCCGUCGCGCGAAUGCAUGCACGAGAUGUUGAACCAUCGUCAAAUGAUGAUGACGCACUUCAAAAUGGCGCCGGAGAUUGUGAUGCAAUGCUCGGCGGAGAUCGACAAAUGGUGUAGUCCGCGCGGCGACAUCGAAGCCGAAGGCAAAACGCUUCAUUGUCUUAUGGAGCACGCGGAGACGCGAAACGAGACGCUCAAAUUGGGACCACAAUGUAUUCAAGCGCUCACCGAAGUCAUCAAGGUUGCCGACAUUGGAAGGAACUACAAGGUUGAUCGCGUUUUGUACGCCUCGUGCAAGAGUCUUAUUGAUGGCCGAUGCGCUCAGGACGCCAACUCGGAAAUGUCGACGCUUCAAUGCUUGAUGCGCAACGUCGACAGUCCCGACAUGGUUCCGGAUUGCGAGAAGCGCCUUCUCGAGGUCCAAUACUUCAUGUCGCGCGAUUGGACACUCGAGCCGAGUCUCUAUGAAGCGUGUCACGCCGAAGCCGUCACGAGAUGUUCGGCGGUCGACAAUUGGCAUCAGCAGCACAACACGAACAAUCAGGUAGAUCCGGGACCGCAGGUUCUCGCCUGCCUCUACAGAAGUGCCUAUGACGAGGCGAAUCCGCUCUCUCAACGUUGCGGAACAGAAGUGCGCAAUUUGUUGCGAAUGCGCGCCGCGCGCGUCAAUCUCAUUCCCGAGAUCGAGGACUCGUGCCGCGAGGCGCUCUCGGCGUUCUGCUCGAACAACGUCAAACCGCAAGAGGAGAUGAUGUGCCUACAGAAGAACUUUGAAACCGAGGCGUUCAAACGAAAAUACCCCGAAUGCCAUUCGGAGAUCACCCGAUUCACCGAGAUGGAGGCAAAAGACACGAAACUCAAUCAGUUGCUCACGAAGGCUUGCAAGCCGGUCAUCAUGACGCACUGCGAGCAGUUCGCGAACGAGGAGAUCGAUCAUGGCGAUGUUCUUGAAUGUCUCGUCAAUAAUAAGAAUGCCAAAGAGAUGACGACCAAGUGUAGAUCAUACGUCAAUCAUUUCGAGCUCAUCUCGCUUCGCGAUUAUCAUUUCAGCUAUAAAUUCGAGCAGGCUUGCAAGAACGACAUCGCGUUGAACUGUCGCAAUCAUAAUAAUGACAAGGGCGAGAUCAUCCGAUGUUUGUCGGAGGUUCGCUUCGAGCACAAAGUCCUUGGAGCCGAACGCGAUUUGUCGGAUGCGUGCAAGAAGCAGCUCAAAGUCGCCUAUCUUCAACAAGAACAGGUAGAAUUUGAUGAUAAAGAGCAUAUGGCUGAGGCUGAUCCGAAACUCUCGCAAAAAUGCGCCAACGAGAUUGUGCAAUUUAAGUGUAACGCGGCUGAAACUUUCGAGGACACAAUUGAAUGCCUUCGAUUGAAUUUCGAGCAACUUGGUCCCGAAUGCAAAUCGAUGAUAUUCUAUCGCGAGAAAAUUGAGGCGGUCGACAACUCGAUGGACGACGAGCUCAUUAAGAAAUGCAGAUACGAUAUUGGCAAAUUCUGUGGCAACGCCGAAAUCGACAACGUUUUGGAGUGUUUGACGAACUCGAAAAUCGUGCGACUCCUCCAACGCGAAUGCAAAUCGGUGGUGAAGGAGCGAAUGCAGGAAUCGGCGAGAGACGUACGAUUGAGGCCGGGAUUCAUGGCGGCGUGUAAGACGGAAGCCCAACAAUACUGCCCCGAUGAUAUGAAGAAGCUCAACAUGCCGCAAUACUCGCAACAGGUGCUUGACGGCGUUGUGAUGAACUGUUUGCGCGACAAAUUCCGCCAAUCGAUAACGGACGAGACGCACGUGCAGUUCAGCGCGCAAUGCACCGGCGAGAUCUCGCGCGUCAUCAUCGAGGCCGAAUUCGAUCCGCAACUCGAUCCGCCGCUAUACAACGCGUGCAAGAGCACCAUUAGUCUGCAUUGCUCGCAUUCGGUGAUAUCGACGGGUGGCAAUUUCGACAAUGUUCUUGAAUGCCUGAAAAACGAUUUCAACAAGGGCGCGAUUCGCGAUGGCGCUUGCUAUCAGCAAAUCGCUCGACGCCUUCAAGAAUCGCUUGUCGACAUCCACUUGGAUCCGGUGCUUCAUGAGGUCUGCGCCACCGACAUCUUCCGGUUUUGCAAAGACGUUCCGCCGGGACAUAGUCGAAUUAUUAUGUGCCUUAUGGAUACGACCGAUAGGAAUGCGGAAGGAUUGACGCGGGAUUGCAAGCAGAAGCUCAGCGAUCGGAAUAAGCUUUGGAUGAAAGCGCACGCGGAAUAUCAAAUGGCUUUGCCCGACUCGUUCCACGCGCUAGCGAAUCUUGUGAUGGAGCAUCCGCAACGCAACUCGAUUCUUGGCUACGUCGCCGCAAUUGUGUUCGUCAUCUUAUUAUUGGGAUGCUGCUGCGGACGCGCGUCGAAACGCCAAUAUCAGGAGAUGAAGAAUCGUUGA